CGGGACGGGGGACCCUUGGGGCUGAGCCGCCGCCGCCGCCGCCCCCGGCCCGGAGGGGAAGAUGUUGCCGCUGUCCAUCAAGGACGAUGAGUACAAACCGCCCCGGUUCAACCUGCUCGCCAAGGUCUCGGGCUGGUUCAGGUCCAUCCUGUCGGACAAGACCUCCCGGAACCUCUUCUUCUUCCUCUGCCUCAACCUGUCCUUCGCCUUCGUGGAGCUGCUCUACGGCAUCUGGAGCAACUGCCUAGGUUUGAUUUCCGAUUCUUUUCACAUGUUCUUCGACAGUACAGCUAUCUUGGCAGGAUUGGCAGCUUCAGUUAUUUCAAAGUGGAGGGAUAAUGAUGCCUUUUCGUAUGGGUAUGUUAGAGCAGAAGUGUUGGCCGGUUUUGUAAAUGGCCUAUUUCUGAUCUUCACUGCUUUUUUUAUUUUCUCCGAAGGAGUUGAGAGAGCAUUGGCUCCACCGGAUGUGCACCAUGAACGACUACUGCUGGUUUCAGUUCUUGGAUUUGUUGUAAACCUAAUAGGAAUAUUUGCUUUCCAACAUGGAGGCCACGGACAUUCACACGGCUCUGAGCACGGACAUAGUCAUUCUCUCUUUAACGGCGCUCUUGAUCAUGGACACAGUCACGGAGGGCACGGUCAUAGCCAUGAAUCCAAGCACGGCAUUGCCCACAGUCAUGAUCUUUUCCACGGACAUGGACACUCGCACGGUCAGGACUGUCACGAUGGUCCCUUGAUUAAAGGAACAGCAGGACCAAGCAGACAGAUUUUAGAAGGGGUAUUUUUACACAUUCUUGCAGAUACGCUUGGGAGUAUUGGUGUAAUUGCAUCUGCUAUCCUGAUGCAGAACUUUGGUCUGAUGAUAGCAGAUCCUAUCUGUUCAAUGCUAAUAGCUCUUCUUAUAGUUGUGAGUGUUAUUCCUCUCCUAAGAGAAUCAGUUGGAAUAUUGAUGCAGCGAACUCCUCCCUUCUUGGAAAAUGCUCUCCCUCAGUGCUACCAGAGGGUUCAGCAAUUGCAAGGAGUUUACAACUUACAAGAACCACACUUCUGGACUCUCUGUACUGACGUGUACGUUGGGACUUUGAAAUUAGUCGUAGGUCCUGAGGCUGAUGCAAGGUGGAUUUUAAGCCAGACACACAAUAUUUUUACUCAGGCUGGUGUGAGACAGCUUUAUGUACAGAUCGACUUCGCAGCCAUGUAGCGGAGUCGUCAGAACUUGGGCUCUUUGGACCAAAGUUUUCUGGUACUGUACCGUUGGAACAUUGCACCCGUCUUUUAAAAUGGAGCUACCACCACCACUACCGUUCCUCAAGACCAAACAGGCGGAGCUGCCUUUUGCUGUCUACUGGAAGAGUUCGCGACUGAGGAAUCAAAAUUAAAAGGAUAUGUCCUGGACUUCUGGUCUUGUCUUUUGUACUCUAUGAGACCAUUUUGAUUUCUGGGGGUUUCUAUGGGUCUUUUCGGGGGGCGAGGGUGGGGGACGAAGGGGAGAGAUGAGAUUGGGACUUCGGGUUUAAAUCUUUUCUACGUUUGUCAUUUCAGUCAGAGAAGGGGACUGUGGGCCCGGGAUCCUGGGUCAGUCACAUCUUCAUUGAAGCUGCUGAAACCACUAUUCAUUCCCACAAAACCAGUGUUACAGAGAAAUUGGAAAACUGUUUUGUAUGUAAUGUCACAGCUGUUGACAUUCUUCGAUGUAAUCUUAUGUUGUAAAAUUGUUUGUACUUUGCAAACUUAAUGAACUGAACCAUAUUGGGUUUUCAAAGUGCCUUUGCAUCAGAAAAUGUACUUGCGAGCAUGGAUACGGAACAUCGAGGGGUUUUAUGAUUUUUAUGGGAAUACUGUAACGUACCCAAAUGAGAUUCUUGCUGUUGAUGUAUACCAAAUUUUUUGUGUACUUCAAGCGUGGUUUUAGCUGUAAAAACAGAUUCCUUUUAAGUGUUGCAUCUGUCAAAAAAUAAAAAAAAGUACCAUUUCAGAUUUUGAACAUUUCCAUUAUCGAGGAAAAUGGCUUGUGGCGAUGCUUUUAAAAAAGAUCUCAGACAUCUGAUGUGUGAAUCCGCUCUAAUUAAAAAAUCUACCAGACUCCUGAUCAUUUCUAUGAAAGCAACCAUGCCCCAAAGGCAGGCGGAGCCCCAGGCCUCGUGGCACUAAUUUGGUAAUUAACUAAUGCCCACUGCUGCCUGGUAAUUGAAAGAAAGGGGCAAUUGCAAGAACUGGAAAAGAAUGGCUGCCUCUUAGGAUGGUGUGGGGGGUGCUACUGCUUUUGCUUUUUUUCUUUCAGAUGCUGAUUCAUUCAUCUUUGUUUUCCUGUACCAGCUUUGCACAGUGCAAUAACUCUCUGUAACCCUAAAGCUUGAUUGCCGUGAGUUCUGUAGACUGGUUGCCUGCUCUCGAGUCGGGGGAGAGGGGCAGUGCCACAGAUUAAACUGACAGAGCAUCAUGUGGGGAACUCUUCUUAACCUGGGUACAUCCAGUAGACAUGAAGGAAAAGUGCUAUUUUGGAUUGUUUUUGAUUUAACUGAAGCUUGAGGGAGUGGGAGCAGAAAUAUUCUCUGUCAGAAUGUCCCCUUUCUGUGUAUUAUACUGUAUUCUGGAAUGCGUUUCCAGAAUUCCCCUUUAAAUAGUUUUUUUUUCCCCGCUGCCUCACCCUGGAGACUUACCUAAAAUUAAAAUUUUAGUACUGGAAAUGGCCUAGUGCUAAAAUAGCAA